AUGGUCCCAUGGAAGGUUUACAGCCAGUGCCGCAGCGACAAAACGGUCAGCUCGGAAAUGGCGCAGGAUCCGACCCAGAAUCCGGAGAAGGUGUUCCAUCGUCUGUUCGAGGGGCACCAUUUGGGGUCAAAUAAGGAGGACGAGGACUGGAAGGGCAAGGAUGACUUGCAAAAGGCUGCAGAAUGCGGACAGUGGGGGGCUGCCGAACCCAGUAGGCUGUUUCUCGAGAUCUACCGCGAUGCCCUUUCUACACUGGAGAAGCAUCCAAUGGCGGGAGUUGUCUCGCCGCCGUUGAUGGGGAGUCGCGGAGUGGUUCCCUUGACGAUCGUGGCCCCGCUGCCCGAUCUUUGUCGUCACCUUGCGAAUUGCUUCGCACGGGCGGAAAAGGAGGUGUUCUUGGCCACCAAUUUCUGGAUCCACUCCGAUGCAUCCACGUUGGUCACCAAUUCUUUUAGGGAAUUAUCGAAACGCGCGGGAGAGCGGGGCGAAAAGGUGGUCGUGAAGGUGCUAUAUGAUCGUGGAGAUCCUCGCCAGGUGCUGGAAAAUCACCUCGAAGUCGACGUGAAGACUUAUGUGAGCGAGAAAGUACAGCUGCCAGCUCCAGAGGAGAUACCCAACAUCGACCUCCAAGUUGUCAACUAUCAUCGCCCUGUUUUUGGCACAUUCCAUACCAAAUUUGUCGUCGUGGAUCGCCGUGUGGCCUUGUUGCAAAGCAGCAACAUUCAAGACAAUGACAAUCUUGAGAUGCUCAUCCACGUGGAAGGCCCCAUCGUGGACUCUUUCUACGACACUGCUCUCAUCUCCUGGGGUAAGCCUCUGGAGCCGCCGCUGCCAAUGCUCAACUCCCCUGCCUCGGCAGCUCCAAUGCCUACUACCAUGGAGGAUGUCGAGGAUGUGACCGAAACGCCAUCGCAGAUGCUUCCGGAGCAUACUACCACGGAUCCUCACUACGACCCAAGUAUCCAGCUUGAGGCGCUAAGAAUGAAUGAUGUGGUCAAACCACGCGAUGGGGAAUCAAGAACCCACGCUGUCACUCGCCAUUUGAACACUACCAUCCAGCCUUCGACUACCGGCGAUGCACCCGAUGAGGACCAGGUGAACCAAAUGAAGCCAUAUGUUCUGCUUCCGCCACAUGAACCUUUCCCGAUGGCGUUGGUCAACAGAGCACCGUACGGAGCCCCGAAUCAUUCCAACGUUCACACUCCGCAAAACGCAGCGUUCCUUGCGGCCAUUAACAACGCCGAGCAUUCCAUAUUCAUCCAGACGCCUAACAUGAACGCUGAGCCACUGCUGGAGCCGCUCCUUGGGGCGGUGCGCCGCGGUGUGACCGUCACAUGCUACCUCUGUUUGGGUUACAAUGACGCCGGCGAGCUUCUCCCCUUCCAGAACGGGACGAACGAGAUGAUCUCCCAUCGACUGUACACGUCUCUUGAAACGGAUGAAGAGCGGGCUCGCCUGCGGAUCCACAACUACGUCGGCAAAGAUCAGACACACCCGAUCCAUAACCAUUUCAAACGUCGGAGCUGCCACAUCAAGCUGAUGAUCAUCGAUGAGAAGGUAGCGAUUCAGGGAAAUGGCAACCUCGACACACAGUCCUACUUCCACAGCCAGGAAGCCAAUCUGCUCAUCGAUUCGCCCACUGUCUGCCGCGCCUGGUUGGAAGCCGUCAACCGGAACCAAAACACCGCCAAGUACGGCCUUGUCAGCCCCAAGGACGGGUGCUGGCAUGACCCUGUGACCGGCGAGCUCCCUGAGGGCUCCAUCGGCAUUGACCCAGGCAGCAUUUCAAUAUCAAUUCCUAUGAUGGAAUACGACCCCCCCAUCCGCGAGAUAACCCAGUACGUCUUCCACCACGAAAUCCCCCCCUCCGACACAGCAUGGCCCGCAGCACGCACCGCCCUCCUCGACGCACUCGGCUGCGCCAUUGAAACCGCCCACUCCAGCGCCGAGGGGGUUGCACUCCUCGGCCCCGUCGUGGAGGGCAGCAGCACGCCGCACGGGUUCCGCGUACCUGGGACGCGGAUUGUGCUGGACCCUGUGCGGGGGGCGUUCAACCUGGGCGUCCUGAUUCGGUAUCUAGACCACAACGAUGCGUUGGGGGGGAUGGAAUGGGGGCAUCCUUCAGACAAUCUAGGCGCUAUUCUAGCUGUGAUGGACUGGCUAGACAGAUCCACUCACGCCAGAACAAUAUCGCACACCGGUCCCCCGCUGACGAUGCACACCCUCCUCCUGGCGCUGAUCAAAGCAUACGAGAUCCAAGGCUGCUACCAGCUGAAGAAUGCGUUCAACGCGUUCGGCCUCGACCACGUCGUACUGGUGAAGCUUGCUUCUGCGGCGGUGGUGGCCUGGCUGCUCGGGUUGAGCGAAGAGCAAACCAACGCGACGAUCUCACAUGUGUGGAUGGACGGCCAGCCGACGCGCGUCUACCGGUCUGCAGGGAAUACGAUUCCCCGGAAGGGCUGGGCAGCGGGGGACGCAUGUAUGCGUGCUGUGCAUCUUGCUCUCCUGGUUCGUAAAGGGCAGCCGGGGGCCCCCGGGGCGCUGAGCUCGGUGCCCUUUGGUUUCUACGCGCGCACGUUCGGAGCGACGCGUGGGUUCGAGUUUGCCCGGCCCUUUGGGACAUGGACGAUCCGCAAUGUGCUUUUCAAAGUCAUGCCGGUCGAGGGACACGCCAUCGCUGCGGUCGAGGCGGCGUUGGUGCAGCGGCGGAAAUUGGAUCACCUGGGAUGCACGCCGGCGCAGAUUGCCAGGAUCGAGAUCCGGACCACCGCGGCGGCGGACUUGAUCAUCAACAAGCGUGGGAGACUGCGGAAUGCUGCUGACCGGGACCAUUGUCUGCAGUAUGUGGUCGCGCUGGCUCUGCUGAAGGGGGCGGUGCCUGAGGUCCGCGACUAUGCUGACGGCAGCCCGUGGGUGACGAGUGCGGAGCUCGAUGCAUUACGUGGGAAAAUGGUGGUUCGCGUGGACGAACACCUCACGAGGGAUUAUCUUGAUCUGGGCAAGAAGAGCAUCGGCUCUGCGGUUACAGUUCGUCUGCAGGACGGUUCCAUCCUGGAGGAAGUCCUGGUACAAUAUCCCGUUGGCCAUGUCAAGAACCCAGCAACAGCCGGCAUGGUAGAUGAGAAGUUCAAGAAGAACAUGCGGCUCAUGUUCUCAGAGGCAGAGAUUGCUCACGUAGUCCGAGCAACCAAAGAUGAUACUUUCAAGAUUAUGGAUUUCGUCGACUUGCUUGUCCGACCAGCCUCGGCUAGUCCGAGGCUUUAA